AUGGCGCUUGAUGUGAAAAGCAGAGCAAAACGAUACGAGAAACUGGACUUUCUCGGAGAGGGUCAGUUUGCCACCGUGUACAAAGCCAGGGAUAAACUGACUGACGCAAUAGUUGCCAUUAAAAAGAUAAAAGUUGGUCACAAAACUGAGGCUAAAGAUGGUGUGAAUCGGACUGCUCUUAGAGAAAUCAAGCUGCUGCAGGAGCUGCAUCAUCCAAACAUCAUCGGGCUGUUGGAUGCCUUUGGACACAAGUCAAACAUCAGUCUGGUGUUUGAUUACAUGGAAACAGACCUGGAGGUUAUCAUCAAAGACACCAGCCUAGUCUUGACUCCAGCCAACAUUAAAGCGUACAUCCUCAUGACUCUACAAGGAUUAGAGUAUAUGCACCAACACUGGGUCCUACACAGGGAUCUGAAGCCCAAUAAUCUGCUGUUGGAUGGGAACGGUGUGUUGAAGUUGGCUGAUUUUGGUUUGGCCAAAGCUUUUGGCAGCCCCAACAGAGUCUACACACAUCAAGUUGUCACAAGGUGGUACCGCUCUCCUGAGCUCCUGUUUGGUGCCAGAAUGUACAAUGUGGGUGUUGACAUGUGGGCUGUGGGCUGUAUCUUGGCCGAGUUGUUACUUCGGAUGCCAUUCCUUGCUGGAGACUCUGAUCUCGAUCAGCUGACCAAAAUCUUUGAGGCUUUGGGAACACCCACAGAAGAGUCUUGGCCGGGAAUGACUAGUCUACCUGACUAUGUGUCUUUUAAAAUAUUUCCUGGCACACCUCUGGAACACAUAUUUAGUGCAGCCGGUGACGAUUUACUUGAACUGCUGCAGGGCCUCUUUACUUUCAGUCCCUUGACGAGGACAACAGCCACACAGGCACUAAAGAUGAGGUACUUCAGUAAUCGACCCGGUCCUACUCCUGGUCCACAACUCCCCCAACCAAACUUCUCGGCUGAAGCUUUGAAGGAAAAGGAAAUGGUUGGACUAAAGAGGAAAAUAGAAGGCCUGGAGACAACUGUAAUGAAGAAGAAGCUUAUUUUCUGACCAAAUGAGAACUGGGAAAUCAGAAGACAACCACUUCAUCAACUCCACUGAAAUGGAAGAAGGUCCAAAGCCAGAGGAG